AUGUUUCUCAGACAAUCACAUUUAGCUAUGCCACCACCAUCUGUUUGGCUUCAUGUCGAUGGUGUUAGUUUGCCAUCAGAUGGUCACCCAUUUCAGCCAUCUGUUCGUUCAUAUGAUUAUCAAACAAAGCAUUUGCAAAGUCCAAUCCAAUCUCCAACACCGACAUUGGCUUCACCAGCAGCGAACGCCUCUUAUAGUAUAACAAUGAUCGAUACACCAUUCAAUCAUCACAAUUCCAAUAAACCGCAAUCAAUUCUCGAAAAUGUCGAUGCGCCCAAGAAAAUGUUCAAAGACAGACAAAUAAAAAAGGUCAAAUCGUUGCCAGGAUUGAUCAAAGGUACAGCGUUAUCUCGAAAUACACCUUCUCAAACAUCAACAUUCACAAGUCCUGCUCCAUCAGCUAUAUCAGUGAACACUCUUCAAGAUGAUCAACUUCCAAUGGUAACGAUUGAACACAGCGAUGAUGGCCUUCCUAUGGCCCAAGUCAUAGAACCUCAAAAUGAAAUUCGUCGUCCACGAGUCUAUUUCGCUGAUUAUAAUCGUAUUCAGUUCAUCGAAGAAAAUAAUGAACUAUCUCAACAACAUCAAAUACCUAUCAAUGAUGAACCACGGCAUUCGCGAGUUCGUCUAUCAAGAAAAAUCUCCAAUCAUACAACACCAUCCAUUCAACGCGCGACAACACGUCAAAACUUUACUUGUCCAACAUCUCGUCAUCCUUGCCAUCAAACAGGACAUGAAUCAACGGCCAAAAAAGAACAUCUACCUACUACAACACGUAUACAACAUUCCCAUAUCGCAAACUUACCUGACAUUAUCAGUCAAACGUUACCCAAUGAGAACUCAUCACAUGAAAAAUAUGGUUUACAACGUGAAAAAUCUGUUCAUCGUUCGUCGAAACCAUCUAUGACCGUAACUAAUAGUUUAGCAUUUGAAAUAUCUCCUCAAGCCAAUCGCACGAGUAAUGGUCGCUCAUCACCAAAUACGGAUUCAUCUCACGAAAGUCAUAAAUCUGACUCAGGUGAUAGUGAAAAUGGACAGUUACAUGUUGGAAACGGUUCUGUAUCCUCAACAGCAACAACGAAUCGACAACGUCCCGCACUUCGAACAAUCUCACUACGACAGCAAUUUACUUCAUCAACCAAAUCAAAGUCAACGGAAACUUCCUCAUUGAAUAAUGCUAAUUAUCAUUACCAUCAACAACAGCAAACAAACAGGUCAAUGCCAAGCACACAACGAUCUAAUUCAUUAAAAGUUUCGUCUAUACGUAUCGUAGAUAACAACGAAGAUCAUCAUUCAAAUGAAUCUUCCUUAACAUUAGAAAAACGAUCGACAAGUAGUUCGAAUGACUUCAAUAAACAAUCCAAACGUUCUUACAUUGUUCAUUAUAAUAACAAAAAGCCACUUGGAGGCAGCACAGUGAGUCAUACCAACGAUGCCAUUCGCCAUUUAAAAAAAUCGCAUUCCAAUGAAUCAAACGAUGAAAAUUUUCACAGAGUAUUAACGAUUGUUCGACCACCAUACGGACUGGGUGCGAGUGGCCCUUCAAAUAAAUCGAAUAGUUCAUCGGCAGAUGAAGUUCGUACGUCACGUAAUCCAAACAUGCGUACAUCCCUCGAAUUCAAUAUGACAUCGAAUACAAUCGUUGUUUGA